AAGAGGCUCCUUCAGCACCAUGGAGAGUAGCACCCUCAGCCCUCAGCCUUCGCAGACUGAUGCCCUGGAGGCCUUUCCCCAGAAGAGCCUGGAGCCUGGGGACAUUGCUGUCCUUGUUCUGUACUUCCUCUUUGUCCUGGCUGUUGGAUUAUGGUCUACGGUGAGGACCAAAAGAGACACAGUGAAAGGCUACUUCCUGGCUGGAGGCGACAUGGCGUGGUGGCCAGUCGGUGCGUCCUUGUUUGCCAGCAAUGUUGGAAGUGGACACUUCAUUGGCCUGGCAGGGUCUGGCGCUGCUGUGGGCAUUUCUGUUGCCGCCUAUGAACUUAAUGGCUUGUUCUCUGUGCUGAUGCUGGCCUGGAUCUUCCUUCCAAUCUACAUCGCUGGUCAGGUAACCACCAUGCCUGAAUACCUGAGGAGGCGCUUCGGGGGCAGCAGGAUCUCCAUCACCCUGGCGGUGCUCUACCUGUUCAUCUAUAUCUUCACCAAGAUCUCGGUGGACAUGUACGCAGGUGCCAUCUUCAUCCAGCAAUCCUUGCACCUGGAUCUGUACCUGGCCAUAGUGGGGCUGCUGGCAGUCACAGCUCUGUACACCGUUGCAGGAGGCCUGGCUGCUGUUAUCUACACGGAUGCUCUGCAGACUGGGAUCAUGCUCGUAGGGGCGUUCACCCUGAUGGGCUACAGUUUUGCAGCUGUUGGUGGGAUGGAAGGCCUGAAGGACCAGUACUUCUCAGCCCUGGCUAGUAACCAGAGCGAGAACAGCAGCUGUGGGCUGCCCCGAGAAGACGCCUUCCACAUCUUCCGAGAUCCAGUGACCUCUGACCUGCCCUGGCCUGGAAUCCUGUUUGGAAUGUCCAUCCCAUCUCUCUGGUACUGGUGUACUGAUCAGGUGAUUGUCCAGCGGAGUCUAGCUGCCAAGAACCUGUCUCAUGCCAAAGGAGGCUCCCUGAUGGCUGCAUACCUGAAAGUGCUUCCUCUGUUCCUAAUGGUGUUCCCGGGUAUGGUCAGCAGAGUCCUCUUUCCAGAUCAAGUGGCCUGCGCACAUCCCGACAUCUGCCAGCAGGUCUGUAGCAACCCCUCUGGCUGUUCAGACAUCGCAUAUCCCAAACUUGUGCUGGAACUUUUGCCCACAGGACUCCGUGGGCUCAUGAUGGCUGUGAUGGUGGCGGCUCUCAUGUCCUCCCUCACCUCCAUCUUUAACAGUGCCAGCACCAUCUUCACCAUGGACCUGUGGAACCACAUCCGGCCACGGGCAUCUGAAAGGGAGCUCAUGAUUGUGGGCAGGGUCUUUGUGUUCGCGCUGGUGCUGGUCUCCAUCCUCUGGAUCCCCGUGGUGCAGGCCAGCCAGGGAGGCCAACUGUUCAUAUACAUUCAGUCCAUCAGUUCUUACCUGCAGCCGCCCGUGGCUGUGGUCUUCAUUAUGGGAUGCUUCUGGAAGCGCACCAAUGAAAAGGGUGCCUUCCUGGGCCUGAUCUUGGGCCUGCUGCUAGGAUUGGUUAGGCUGGUCCUGGACUUUGUCUACGUGCAGCCUCGGUGUGACCAGCCCGAUGAGCGGCCAGCUGUGGUGAAGGACGUCCACUACCUGUACUUCUCCAUGAUUCUGUCAUCUGUCACCCUCAUCACUGUGUUCGCCGUCAGCUGGUUCACAGAGGCACCCUCCAAAGAGAUGAUCAGCCGCCUGACUUGGUUUACUCGCCAUGAGCCUGCGGUCCAGAAGGACCCAGCACCACCAGCAAACCCCCUGCCUCUGACCCUUUCUCAGAACGGGACUACAGAGGCCACCGGCACCAGCAUCCAGUUGGAGACAAUUCAAGAAAAUAUGAGCAAAGCCCAUAGCCAUGGCGUGUCUCCCAAACAGUCCAAGGUGCUGAAGGCUAUCCUGUGGCUCUGUGGAAUGGAAAAGGACAGAGAGGAGCCCCCAAGCAAAGCGGAACCUGUCAUCGCCUCCUUGGAGGAAAAUCCCUUGGUGAAAACUCUGUUAGACAUCAACGCCAUCGUGUGCAUCAGCUGCGCCAUCUUCCUCUGGGGCUACUUUGCUUAG